AGUGAGCUGGGCAGCGACGGCCAGGUGGACCGUAGUUAUUGUCACAGAAAUGUGAUGUAGUCUGUUCGUUCUCUGGAUUUAACUUCACAACCAGGCGCAUUACAGCUAGCAGAGAUUGUUGGGACUCCCUGGAGGCGCCAGGCGAAGCCACCAUGUCAGUGACUGUUCAUGAGAAUCGUAAAUCCCGCACCAGCACGGGCUCCAUGAACAUCUCACUGUUCCACAAGCCUUCGCAUCCUGACAGUGUACUGACUCACCUGAACACCAUGAGGAAACAGUGCAUGUUCACUGAUGUCACUCUGUGGGCUGGGGAUCGCUCCUUCCCAUGCCACAGAGCCGUCUUGGCAGCGUGCAGCCGUUAUUUUGAGGCCAUGUUCAGCGGAGGCUUGCGAGAAAGUCUGGACAGUGACGUCAAUUUCAGAGACAGUAUACACCCUGAGGUCUUGGAGCUUCUCCUCGACUUUGCCUAUUCUUCUCGAGUCAUCAUAAACGAGGAGAACGCUGAGUCGUUGUUAGAGGCAGGCGACAUGUUGCAGUUUCAUGACAUCCGGGACGCAGCCGCAGAGUUUUUAGAAAAAAACCUGCAUUCCUCCAACUGCCUGGGGAUGAUGCUGCUUUCCGACGCCCAUCAAUGUAAACGACUGUACGAGCUGUCGUGGAGGAUGUGUCUGUUGCACUAUGAGACAGUUAGAGAGUCAGAGGAUUUCUACAGUCUGUCCAAAGAUAAACUGCUGGAGCUGAUUCUUAGUGAUGAGCUGGAGAUAGAAGAUGAACAGGUUGUGUUUAACUCUGUGAUGCGGUGGGUUCGAUACGACUUGGAGGGCAGGCGGCAUCAUCUACCAGAGCUGCUGAGAGGGAUCAGGCUGGCUCUGCUGCCAUCCGAGUGUCUGCUGGAGGCUGUGGCCUGUGAAGAGCUGGUCAUGGCUGACAAGAGGAGCAGGUCAAUCGUAGAAGAGGCCAUGCAGUGUAAGAAGAAAAUCCUUCAGAAUGACGGGGUAGUGACUAGUCCUUGUGCUCGACCUCGUAAGGCAGGACAUACACUGCUUAUUCUGGGAGGCCAGACCUUCAUGUGUGACAAGAUAUACCAGGUUGACCAUAAGGCCAAGGAGAUAAUACCUAAGGCAGACCUCCCAAGCCCCAGGAAAGAGUUCAGUGCCUGUGCCAUUGGCUGUAAGGUUUACGUGACAGGAGGAAGAGGAUCAGAGAACGGAGUGUCUAAAGACGUCUGGAUCUAUGACACUGUCCAUGAAGAAUGGUCUAAAGGAGCACCCAUGCUAAUAGCCAGGUUUGGCCAUGGUUCUGCUGAGUUGGAGAACAGUCUGUAUGUUGUUGGAGGUCAUACAGCCAUAGCUGGAGUAUUUCCUGCCUCUCCAUCUGUCUCCCUGAAACAGGUUGAGCGGUAUGACCCUCUCAGUAAUAAAUGGACCAUGAUGGCUCCUCUGAGAGACGGCGUCAGUAAUGCAGCUGUGGUCAGUGCCAAACUCAAACUCUUUGUUUUUGGGGGAACUACCAUUCACAGAGACAAGGCCUCCAAGGUCCAGUGCUAUGACCCUGUGGGGAACCGCUGGAAUAUUGCAGCUGAAUGCCCCCAGCCGUGGCGCUACACAGCGGCUGCCGUCUUAGGGAGCCAGAUCUUCAUCAUGGGUGGCGACACUGAAUUCACCGCUGCCUCUGCUUAUCGCUUUGACUGUGAGACCAAUCAGUGGACUCGAGUGGGCGAUAUGACGUCCAAACGGAUGAGCUGUCACGCCGUGGCCUCAGGAAACAAGCUGUAUGUGGUCGGAGGGUAUUUUGGGACGCAGAGGUGUAAAACACUGGACUGCUACGACCCCACGUCAGACAGUUGGAACUCCAUCACCACUGUGCCUUAUUCAUUAAUCCCCACUGCCUUUGUCAGCACCUGGAAACACCUGCCUGCCUAACAAGGAGACGCUGCCAGUAAUUCCAGUGAGGACUGCUGAGGGAGGACGUCUGGCCGGAGGAGAAUCCCUGAGUCUCUGACUCAGUCCUGAGUCCUCAGUCCUGAACAGGUCUCACCACACAGAGAAGAUCUGGAUUUCUCUGAAUAUCAUGCUUCCUGGAAAAUGUGAUUCUUCUCAACAGACAGUUGAUGAACUGGAUGGAGUGAUCAUACAAACCUAUGCCAUGGUUUUUAAUGUCUUAGUCCUGACAUCCUCUGCUAAACCAUUCCAGUGUAAACAGAACCUGCAGGUGCUGCCGUGUGAACUUUCACUUUCCCUCAAAAAUACCAAAAAUAGCAGACGACUGACGUGAAAGUGGGACCAGACAUUCCUCUGAGCCUGAGUCCAGGCUGACUCUGUUUACUACUACUGCUGCUGGACAUGAGGGGAGCGACUGUGAACGGAAGCUGCUGUGGAUUUUACAUGAGGUGAAACAUUCACUCAGACAAUAUUUGUCUCGUUAAUGUUUGAUAGGAAGCAUUUUUUAGUUUAGAGUUUUUAACAGUUUUUAACUUGGGGCUGAACAGAUGUUCUCAGCGUUGCACGGGACAUUCUCACUCAUCAUCAGAGGAACAAACAAAAAUCAUAAACAUGAAUUCAAGAAAUGAUCCAUUAGCAGUCAGAGCAGUCCCAGCUGAACCAGUCAGAGCAGUCCCAGCUGAACCAGUCAGAGCAGUCCCUCUGACUGGUUCAGCUGGGAGUCUACACAGGGUGGAAUCACUCUCAUUAUGAUGGUAACAGCUGUUCAGUGAUCCAAAGAUCCAGACUGUUGAGGCAUUUGAAACAUGGAACAACACAAACUUACUUUUGGAAGUUACAGUGGCGUCUUAAAGUCUUCCCACACACGAGGAAGUGGUCUCAGACAUUUGUACCUCCUAAUGGAUGAAACUCUGUGGUAAACCCAGGAUGGUUCUGAACUCUAAACUCUGCUGUUACCAUACGAUGACAGGCCACCUGGUUCCUCUGACAUGAGAGCACGGUGUCAGUGUCAGCACAGUAUUUCAAAUUAAAGUCGUCCUUUUGCUGAUGAGCCUGGAUCCUGUGAAGGUCAGCUCGUGUCAGGAACAUUUGAAAUGACAGUAUUUACUUCUUGUGUUUUUCCCUUUGUGCCACAGUGUCACAGGACCUUUGUGAUAGUAUUAGGAAACAGACUGAGGAGCACGAUCUGUGAUUUCAUUAUGCCCCAUGUGACAGUUUAACACUUCAAGCUGCAUGCGUACCCGUGAUGAUGCCACAUCCAUCAUAGAAAGUCUUUUAUUUCAGAACACGCGUGUGGUUUUUAGCACAGGUGUGAGAAGCACAGAGCAGCCGUGUGUGUGUCCUGCAGAAACCGCCACUGCUCAGCAACCAUCCUCACGUUUUCUCUCUAACACCUGUGCACCUGAACUUUAUCACUACAUCCAUCAGCAGUGGACUGUGCCAUAGGUGAGGAAGUAUCUUCUCCAUGCAGGAGAUAACACCAGCUGUCACCGUGCUGCAGGUGGAUUCAGAAGGUUUCUGCAGGACAUGAAUGCAUCAUGACUUUGUAUUGUCUUUACAGUAAUGUACAGUAUUUGCUGGUGUUUUAAGUCUUUUGCACUUGUCCCCCUUGUCCAGCUGUUUCACAGCUGCCGUGAGGUGGAUUGUGGAUUGACCUCUGCACAGAGGUGAAAUGUUCCCAACUCUUCAGCUGUUUUGUAGAAUUUGAAGACGUGAGAAGGAAGGUGGUUCUGAAAUAAUUUAGAAAAGCUACAGGAGUUUCUUUGAAAUGUUAGAUACUGUGUGUUUGUAGUGGGGAAAAUAAA